AUGAGGAUUCUGCCGUACGUGUUCCUCCUGCUAAUGGGAAUGACAUGGAAAUGUGUACAAUCAACAUGUGUUUUCGAAACUGAUUUUGGGCUGUCAAUCAAUUGUGGUCUAAAAAAGUCGGGAUUAUUUCGUGUGAGAAAUCUUGGAGGCCUUAAAGGAUACGUCGGAGUCGGCAUACAACUGGCCGACGAACUAGGAUUCAAGGAGUCGCUUUCGACUCUGGAACAAAAUAGUAAACGUCGUUCAGUCAAUGGGUUUCCAGUGCCGGGAUCGUUCGAACCUCUGCAGUCCGUACCGCAAAAGAACAAUCACGCAACGACCGCUGCAGCCAACAAUGACAAUCAAGACAGAUCGGCUUACGCCAAGAUGAAUGGCAGACCUGCUGCGGGCGUCGUCACGGUGCCGCCUUUCCGGCCACUGAUGGCAGCGGCCAACAACAUGGUACGCAAUGUCAGACUGGCCGCUCAACAACAACAACAGCAACAACAACAGCAACAACAACAGCGACAACUACAACAACAACAACCGAAACAGCAACAGCAACAACAGCACAUUUUGAAGCCACUGCCAGUGCCAGCGUUCGCCGCCCUGCCAGAGUCCAUAGCCAAAGUCGCAGUGGAGCCAGCGCAACCUUCGCCGGUCGCCGGUGGUCAUAGGCAAUCACCGAUGGCUCCAGUGGUGACGCCGAUGGUCAGCCGACUGCCCGUGCCGCAGAUGAUGCAACCUGUCGCUUUGAUGCAAACCCAACGUCAGACGAUGCCUUCAAUGAUUUUUAUGACUCCGUCACAACAGCAGCAACAGCCGAUGUUUAUGUCGCAGCAGCCUCAACAACCGCAGACAAUGAUCAUGUCACAGCAGCCGCAGCAACAGAAACAGCUUAUGGGGAUAAUGUUGCAGCAGCCACAGCAACAGCCUAUGGGGAUAAUGUCGCAGCAGCCACAGCAACAGCCUAUGGGGAUAAUGUCGCAGCAGCCACAGCAACAGCCGACGGUGAUAAUGUCGCAGCAGCCACAGCAACAGCCUAUGGGAAUAAUAUUGCAGCAGCCACAGCAACAGCCGACGGUGGUCAUGUCACAGCAGCAACAGCAGCAGCAGCAGCAACAGCAGCAGCAACAGCAGCAGCAGCAACAGCAGCAGCAACAGCAGCAGCAGCAACAGCAGCAGCAGCAGCAGCAACAGCAGCAGCAGCAGCAGCAACAGCAGCAGCAACAGCAGCAGCAGCAGCAGCAACAGCAGCAGCAGCAGCAACAGCAGCAGCAACAGCAACUUUCGCCAGUGUACUACCACAACGCCAUGCAGCAAGCGGCCAACAGGCGUUUCAACGCGUUCGGCCAAAGUCCGCAAAACUCGGUAGACGUACGACCGAUAAUCGUGAUGCCCACGGCGACCGUGGCUGACGACCGGAAGAAGCAAAUCGACAGUAAUUCGCCUCUGUCAAACGAAGUAGACCCGGCAUCGAUGAUGUCGCUGUUCAAUGUGGCCACCGCCAACAACGUGAGCGUCGAACAGCUGGCCUUGGCUCUCCGACAACGGCAGCAGCAGACGUUUUACCAGACAGCCACCGAAGAAAUAACCACACCUAUGCCGACCACGACUGUUACCGCGUUACCUACCACCACUACCACGACACUACCGCCGCCAGCACUUACCUCGGCAUACUUUUCGGACGAGCCACAGACGGUCGCUAAGAAAAUAGCCAUCAAACCGUACAAGUCUAAAUACGUGACCAGCCAAAAGGUGAUGAACGCCCCCAAAGAGUACUAUCCCGUCGGAUACGACAAGAACUUCGACGACAACUUUGUGUCCAAAGUGGACCUGCCCGACACGACAUUCAGUUGUGGUGACCAGAAACAUUUCCCUGGAUUGUACGGAGACGAGGAUUUGGGUUGCAUGGUGUUCCACGUGUGCGCGUUCACCGAUGACGGUCUGACGCAAAAGAGCUUCCUGUGCCCUGAGUCGACGCUGUUCGACCAGACCAUACUCAAGUGCAACUGGUGGUUCUACGUUGACUGCAAGUCGUCCAAGAAGUUGUACGACAGCAACAUUCCCAUAUCGAAGAGCUAUCAGCUGAUGAAGGCACUGACGUUCUUCUCGUCGUACUCGGCUGGACCGUCCAUGGACUCUUCCGUGGCCGCGGCCACCGCCGCCGUAUCACGACAUCCGUCAGACGAGACGGACAAGUCCGAUAUCGCUACCGUUUCGUCGCAAUUCGAUGGCGUCGCGAAUCCGUCGGUUUCUAACACCACCACAUCCACCGAAGUCCUCGACAACGUGUCAUUCCGAAGGUGA